UUCUCAUCUUCUUCUGUGCAGAUGGAAAACUCAUCUGAAUCUGACUUGUUUAUGUCCAAAAUAUCGAAAGAGAAUGACUUCCUCCUGGGAACCAUCUACAUCAUCUUUGGUGUGCUGUCUCUGAUGGGAAACACCACUCUAUUGUUUGUUGCCUAUCGCAAGAGGUCAUCUCUUAAGCCAGCUGAGUUUUUUAUCAUCAACCUCUCCAUCAGUGAUCUGGGCAUGACCAUUUUCCUUUUUCCCUUUGCUAUUCCCUCUGCUUUCGCUCACAGGUGGUUGUUCACAGAGGUGAUGUGUAUGUGUUAUGCCUUCUGUGGAGUUUUGUUUGGUCUCUGCAGCCUCAGUAACUUGACCGUACUGUCCUCUGUGUGCUGGCUCAAAGUCUGCUGCCCCAACUAUGGUAAUAAAUUCUCCUCGUCCCAUGCGCGUUUCCUGGUGGCUGGAGUGUGGUGUUAUGCUGCAGUGUUUGCAGUAGGUCCGCUUUCAGGCUGGGGUCAGUACGGGUCAGAGCCUUACGGCACUGCCUGCUGUAUUGAUUGGCACGCUCCCAGCUACAGCACACCUGCCAUGAUCUACAUCAUCUGCCUUUUCUUCUUCUGUUACAUUGUACCCUGCACCAUCAUCAUCCUCUCCUAUACUCUCAUCCUUGUGACGGUCCGGGGGGCCCAGCAUGCAGUGCAGCAGCAUGUCUCUCCUCAAAACAAAAUAUCCAGUGUGCAAACACUUAUUGUCAAGCUAUCAGUGGCAGUAUGUAUUGGAUUUCUGAUGGCGUGGAGCCCAUAUGCUGUGGUAUCCAUGUGGGCAGCCUUUAGUGAUCCAGACUUGGUACCUCCAGUAGCAUUUGCCCUGGCAGCUAUGUUUGCCAAGUCAUCCACCCUCUACAACCCAAUGGUCUACCUCGUCUUUAAGCCCAGCUUCCGAAAAUCCCUCUACCGGGAUGCCACAAAAUGCAAGAGAACACUCUGUCCCUGCAUGUGCCAGACAGACAGCCAACAAAAAACCACAGCAAGUCUUUCUAAACUGAACACAAAGGAUAAUUGUAACCACACAUGGGUCUCUAAUGGACUGAAUGAGACCCACCAAUCAAGCAGACAUUGUCCAAAAAGACAAACAGGGCAUUACCUGGACAUCACACCCCAAAAGACAGCAUGCAUCCUCGUUGGCUCUACUCAAAGUGAGGUGGCAGUCAGCCAGCUCUCCAUUGAGAUGAACAGCGACUUCCUUUAGAGCAAGAGAAACUGAUCAUAGAAAAACUGAAGGAAGGAAAUAAUAAAACCUUAAUUUCUCUCUGUACAAUAAUAAGGAAAAUAAGUAUGCUAUAAAGCAGAGGUCUUCAACCCUACUCCUGGAGACGCACUGUCCAGCAAAGUUUAUUUCCAGCCUCCUUCAGCAUACCUGCCUGUGAUUUUCAAGUGAUCCUGAGGAGAUGGAUUGGCUGGUUCAGGUGUGUUUAAUUAGGGUUGGAACUAAACUUUGAAGAGUUUAGCAGGAUUGAAGGCCUUAAAGUCUCACACUAACAAGAAUUCUGUUUGCAAGAGGAUAUUACACCACUCAACUUGUUAAAUGAGCAAAAAAUACUUUUUGGCUACUUGAUAACUCAGAAUAAAAAAAGAAAAAAAGUUUGAUUUGGUAGCAAAACUGAAUGGCAAACUUGGACUUGACAUACAUGCCACCCUCAGAGGUGCCCAAAAAUGAAAAUUCAGUCAUUAUGUACUCUUUCUAAUUUCUUCCAAACCUGUACACAUUAAUUAUUUUUCUAUAAAACAUAAUAAAUGAUGCACAAAAAUCAAUUAUGUUUCAUGAUGUUAUUGAGGUCCAACAUGACAGUAUCCCUCAAAAAGAGCCAAAUUUGACUUGAGCUACAAUGUAUCAAUGAAUAAUGAUUUAAAUUUUAGUGUGUUUCUUGCACAAAGCUGUCAUGUGGCUGUGAAAGACUUGAAAUGCACAAGAUAUAUGCAAUAUAUAUAUAUAUAUAUAUAUAUAUAUAUAUAUAUAUAUAUAUAUAUAUAUAACUAUACUAUAUAAACUAAACUAUUAUAUAAACUAUAAAAAAGAGCAGCAUGAAGAUUCUU